GCAAAGUUAUGGGCGUUCGCAAAGGUGAUUGUGCUGUUGAUUUCAAUGCUGGCGUGCGGUUAGUUGCGCACGCGAACGUGCGAACGGUAUUCCUUGGCGGAUAUGACCCUGAGAAAGAUUUGCGGACUGUCAAGUUCGCUUGUAUGUCAUCGCCGAUUUUUGCAUGACACAAAGGCGAGGAGUUCCCGGGUGUUUUCGGGCGUUCAGCCAACGGGCAAUCUCCACCUGGGCAACUACUUCGGAGCAAUCCAAAGAUGGGUCGAACUGCAGGAGACUGACAAGGAGCUGAUAUUCUGCAUAGUGGAUCUGCACUCUCUCACUGUGCCUCAGCGGCGGGCGGACCUGAGCGCCAACAUCACCCGCCUGACGGCCGGCCUGCUGGCGUGCGGCAUCGACCCGGAGCGGGCCACGCUGUUCCUUCAGUCGGCGGUGCCGCAGCACACGCAGCUCGGCUGGGUGCUCUCCUGCCUGACCACCAUGCCGCGGCUGGGCCAGCUGCCGCAGUACCGCGAGAAGGCCGCUGAGCAUGGUGAGGUGCCGCUCGGCCUCUACCUCUACCCGGUGCUGCAGGCGGCCGACAUACUGCUCUACAGUCAGGAGCAAACUGAGGUACCAGUCGGUCAAGACCAGCUACAGAAUAUUCAGCUUGCUCAACAUCUGGGGAAGGCUUUCAACCGUCAAUUCGGAAAACUCUUCCCACAUCCCAAGGCUGUCGUCGAUGAGGACGCCGGCGGCCGGGUGCGCAGCCUGCGCGACCCCAGCCGCAAGAUGUCCAAGUCGGACCCGGACUCGCGCAGCUGCGUCUACCUCAACGACCCGCCGGAGCGCAUCCGUUCCAAGCUGAAGCUAGCGCUCACCGACUUCACGUCGGAGGUGUUUGCCAGCCCGGAACGGCCGGCAGUCACCGCCCUAAUGACGCUGCACGCGCUGGCGGCCGGCCUGACGCUGGAGGGCGUGCGCAGCGCCGCCGCCGGCCUCACCACCGCCCAGUACAAGCUGCUGCUGGCCGACGUGCUGGCCGAGCGGCUGGCGCCGGUGCGGGACGCCUGGGCGCGGCUCGAGGCCGAGCCGCGCUACCUGAGCCAAGUGCUGGAGCGAGGACGGCAGAGGGCCGCCGAGGAGGCCGAGGUCACCUGGCGCGCUGUGGUGGAUCGCGUCCAACUGAGGCUCUCGUGAGGCGUCACUGUAGGCUGUUAUGACAUGAU